UGUCAACGUGCAGCUCCUCCGAUAACAUGGGCCGGUAUCUGUAAAUGGGCCGAAAGGGGGGUCCCGCUUUACAGGUCGUGGUCUGCUCGUCGUCUUCGACUCUUCAUCGCCACUCGCCUCCCUCCUCCUCUCAGGCCGGCGGCUGCGGCAGCGGCGGCGGCGGCGGAGGCGAUCCAUCAGGCAAUCAAUCAACUACCAAUAAAUUUAAAGAAUUUUGGUAAAGGGGAAAAAUCAUGGCUAUGAAGACAUUAUCGAUCAAACUCUUGAUUGAUACCAAGGCUCAGAAAGUCUGCUUUGCCGAGGCCGGUAAUGAUGUCGUAGAGUUCCUCGCCAGUCUCCUUUGCCUACCAAUGAGCACCAUCAUCAACUUGCUGACCAAGGAGCGUAUGGUUGGCAGUAUGGGGAACGUGCUUGACAGUAUGGAGAAGCUGGAAGACAAGCAUGUAACCACAAACCAGAGUAAGCAACGCUACCUGAGCCCGACGGCUGCCCCCAACGCACUCUGCCCAUUGCAGCAGCUGCUGGAUACAGAGUUAAAUGCCAAUACCAGCUUCUUCACAUGUGAAGGGAAAUUGAACAGCACCAGCUACAAUGCCACUCGUUUUGCUUGUGGAUAUUUUUCGGUUGUGAAAGGCAGCAUAUGCCCUCUUUGCUACACUCCAAUGCACAAGGCAAUACCACAUGUCAACACCUCAAGGGUUAUGGCUGGGACAGGCACAUACACUAUCAAGGAUGAUCUCUCAAUGACUCCAGCGUCCAGUGUCUCAAGCAUCAGCCUUCUUGCACAGUGUGGUGUCAAGGACUUGACCACGCUGCAGGAAAGGACCAUGAAGAUUGGCAAGGAAGAGGCGCUGGAGAUACUCCUUGCUUCCCUGAAGUCUAAGACCGUGCUGACUGAUGUUUUUCUCCCAAAGAAGAAAGAAAGUUGCAAGAGGGAGGUAUCUGCUUAGUUAUGAUGCAUUGAUGCAUGAGCAGUUUUACCAGGCAUCACAAGUGAAAAUUACAACAGCUUGUUAUUAAGCCGACAGUAGAUUUCAGUAGGUCUUUAUUGUGAAGUGUCACUUUGCAUUUCUUAUUGUAUCCAUUUAGCAAAAGUAGUAUUUCCUUCGUUUUCGUUAAUGAAAGCGGGAGAGGUGCGGCCUCUUUUUAUCAAAAAAAAAAAAGAAGCAAAAGUAGUCUUGCAAAUAGUUGGCUUACUAGUUUGGUAGUGAUAUGCAAUUAUGCAGUAUCCACCCAAUGAAAUCUUUCUACUAUCAAUUUGGGUGUCUCACUAGAAAUAUGUUUUUGUGUUCUUUUUGUGUCAUUAUCUAAAAAAAUGUACCUGUGUGCCUUCUACAUGCAAAAGAGACGGGUGUGAUUUCGGUUCUUGUAGAAUUGGUUCAGAAGUGAUCCAAUGCUAUCUGUGUAUAUGAAUUCCAAAUUCAGAUAUUUUACUGUUAGCCGUCAUAGUCCA